CGGCCGGCGUCCCGGCCUCGCGCUGCACAUUCUCUCCUGGCGGCGGCGCCACCUGCGGUCGCGUUCGCCCGAACAUGGCGACACGGAGCAGCAGGAGGGAGUCGCGACUCCCCUUCCUCUUCACCCUGAUAGCGCUGCUGCCGCCCGGGGCUCUCGGCGAGGUCUGGCCGCCGACGCUGCCCGGCGGCCGCGCGCCUGGGCCCCAGGAUCGGGGCUUCCUCGUGGUGCGGGGCGACCCGCUCGAGCUGCGGCGUGGGGCGCGCGGGGCGCCCCGGAGGGCGGACGAGAAGCCGCUCCGGAGGAGACGGAGCGCUGCCCUGCAGCCCGAGCCUAUCCAGGUGUACGGACAGGUUAGUCUGAAUGAUUCCCACAAUCAGAUGGUGGUGCACUGGGCCGGAGAGAAGAGCAAUGUCAUCGUGGCCUUGGCCCGGGACAGCCUGGCGUUGGCGAGGCCCAAGAGCAGCGAUGUGUACGUGUCUUACGACUACGGAAGAUCAUUCAGGAGAAUCUCAGAGAAGUUGAACUUUGGCAAGGGGAACAGCAGCGAAGCUGUGAUCGCCCAGUUCUACCACAGUCCUGCGGACAACAAGCGUUACAUCUUUGCAGAUGCUUAUGCCCAGUACCUCUGGACCACGUUUGACUUCUGCAACACCAUCCAAGGCUUCUCCAUCCCAUUCCGGGCAGCCGACCUCCUCCUGCACAGCAAGGCCUCUAACCUUCUCCUGGGCUUUGACAGGUCUCACCCCAACAAGCAGCUAUGGAAAUCAGACGAUUUUGGCCAGACCUGGAUCAUGAUUCAGGAACAUGUGAAGUCCGUUUCUUGGGGAAUCGAUCCCUACGACAAGCCAAACACCAUCUACGUUGAACGACACGAACCCUCUGGCUACUCCACAGUUUUCCGAAGUACAGACUUCUUCCAGUCCCGGGAGAACCUGGAGGUGAUCCUGGAGGAAGUGAGGGACUUCCAGCUGCGGGACAAGUACAUGUUUGCCACAAAGGUGGUGCAUCUCUUCGGCAGUCUGCAACCAUCCUCUGUCCAGCUCUGGGUCUCCUUUGGCCGCAAGCCCAUGCGAGCAGCCCAGUUUGUCACAAGAUAUCCUAUUAAUGAAUAUUACAUUGCGGACGCCUCCGAGGACCAGGUGUUUGUGUGUGUCAGUCACAAUAACAACCGCACCAACCUGUACAUCUCGGAGGCGGAGGGGCUGAAGUUCUCGCUGUCCUUGGAGAAUGUUCUCUAUUACAGCCCAGCAGGGGCAGGCAGUGACACCUUGGUGAGGUAUUUUGCAAAUGAACCAUUUGCUGACUUCCACCGCGUGGAGGGGUUACAGGGAGUCUACAUUGCUACUCUGAUUAAUGGUUCCAUGAAUGAAGAGAACAUGAGAUCAGUCAUCACCUUUGACAAAGGGGGGACCUGGGAAUUCCUUCAGGCCCCAGCCUUCACGGGAUAUGGAGAGAAAAUCAAUUGUGAGCUCUCCCAGGGCUGCUCCCUCCACCUGGCCCAGCGGCUCAGCCAGCUGCUCAGCCUCCAGCUCCGAAGGAUGCCCAUCCUGUCCAAGGAGUCGGCGCCCGGUCUCGUCAUCGCCACGGGUUCAGUGGGAAAGAACUUGGCAAGCAAGACAAACGUGUACAUCUCCAGCAGUGCUGGAGCCCGGUGGCGAGAGGCUCUUCCUGGACCUCACUACUACACAUGGGGAGACCAUGGCGGGAUCAUCAUGGCCAUCGCCCAAGGCAUGGAAACCAACGAGCUGAAGUACAGCACCAACGAAGGGGAGACCUGGAAAACAUUCAUCUUCUCCGAGAAGCCGGUGUUUGUGUACGGGCUCCUCACGGAGCCCGGCGAGAAGAGCACUGUCUUCACCAUCUUUGGCUCCAACAAAGAGAACAUCCACAGCUGGCUGAUCCUCCAGGUCAAUGCCACGGCUGCCUUGGGGGUUCCCUGCACAGAGAACGACUACAAGCUGUGGUCCCCGUCUGAUGAGCGGGGCAGCGAGUGUCUGCUAGGGCACAAGACGGUUUUCAAACGAAGGAUCCCCCACGCCACAUGCUUUAACGGAGAAGACUUCGAUCGGCCGGUGGUCCUGUCCAACUGCUCCUGUACCCGACAGGACUAUGAAUGUGACUUUGGCUUCAAGAUGAGUGAAGAUUUGUUAUUAGAGGUUUGUGUUCCGGAUCCUGAGUUUUCUGGGAAGUCGCACUCCCCUCCCGUGCCUUGUCCUGUGGGUUCUGCUUACAGGAGAACCAGAGGCUAUCGGAAGAUUUCUGGGGACACCUGCAGUGGAGGAGAUGUUGAAGUACGCCUGGAAGGAGAGCUGGUGCCGUGUCCUUUGGCAGAGGAGAACGAGUUCAUCCUGUACGCCAUGCGCAAGUCCAUCCACCGCUACGACUUGACCUCCGGAGCCACCGAGCAGUUGCCUCUCACCGGGCUGCGGGCAGCGGUGGCCCUGGACUUCGACUAUGACCGCAACUGCUUGUAUUGGUCCGACCUGGCCUUGGACAUCAUCCAGCGCCUCUGUUUGAACGGGAGUGCAGGGCAAGAGGUGAUCGUCAGUUCUGGCCUGGAGACAGUGGAAGCCUUGGCUUUUGAACCCCUCAGCCAGUUACUUUACUGGGUGGAUUCUGGCUUCAAAAAGAUUGAGGUGGGGAAUCCAGACGGCGACUUCCGACUCACGAUUGUCAAUUCCUCAGUGCUUGACCGGCCCAGGGCUCUGGUCCUCGUGCCCCAAGACGGGGUGAUGUUCUGGACCGACUGGGGGGACCUGAGGCCUGGCAUUUACCGGAGCAACAUGGAUGGUUCGGCUGCCUAUCGUCUUGUGUCGGAGGACGUGAAGUGGCCCAAUGGCAUCACCGUGGACGAGCGGUGGAUCUACUGGACGGAUGCCUACCUGGACUGCAUCGAGCGGAUCACCUUCAGCGGCCAGCAGCGCUCCGUCAUCCUGGACAACCUCCCACACCCCUACGCCAUUGCUGUCUUUAAGAAUGACAUCUACUGGGACGACUGGUCACAGCUCAGCAUAUUCCGAGCUUCCAAAUACAGUGGGUCUGAGAUGGCGAUUCUGGCGAACCGGCUCACGGGGCCCAUGGACCUGAAGAUUUUCUACCGGGGGAAAACAACCGGAAGCACCUCCUGUGCGUCCAGGCCGUGCAGCCUGCUGUGUCUGCCCAAGGCCAACAACACUAGAAGCUGCAGGUGUCCAGACGGUGUGUCCGGCAGCACCCUCCCGUCCGGGGACCUGAUGUGUGAGUGUCCUCACGGCUAUCAGCUGAAGAACAACACGUGUGUCAAAGAAGAGAACACCUGUCUCCGCAACCAGUAUCGGUGCAGCAAUGGGAACUGUAUCAACAGCAUCUGGUGGUGUGAUUUUGACAACGACUGCGGGGACAUGAGCGACGAGAGAAACUGCCCUACUACCAUCUGUGAUCCAGACACCCAGUUCCGCUGCCAGGAGUCUGGGACCUGUAUCCCACUGUCCUACAAAUGUGACCUUGAGGAUGACUGUGGCGACAAUAGCGAUGAAAGUCACUGUGAAAUGCACCAGUGCCGGAUUGACGAAUACAGCUGCAGCUCUGGCAUGUGCAUCCGCUCCUCCUGGGUGUGUGACGGGGACAACGACUGCAGGGACUGGUCUGACGAAGCCAACUGUACCGCCAUCUAUCACACCUGUGAGGCCUCCAACUUCCAGUGUCACAACGGGCACUGCAUCCCCCAGCGGUGGGCGUGUGACGGUGACAUGGAUUGCCAAGACGGUUCUGAUGAAGAUCCAGUCAGCUGUGAGAAGAAGUGCAACGGAUUCCGCUGCCCGAAUGGCACCUGCAUCCCGUCCAGCAAACACUGCGAUGGUCUGCACGACUGCUCGGAUGGCUUAGACGAACAGCACUGUGAGCCCCUCUGUACUCGCUUCAUGGACUUCGUGUGUAAGAACCGCCAGCAGUGCCUGUUCCAGUCCAUGGUGUGUGACGGCAUCAUCCAGUGCCGCGAUGGCUCGGACGAGGAUGCGGCGUUUGCGGGAUGCUCUCCAGGCCCCGAGUUCCACAAGGUGUGUGAUGAGUUCAGUUUCCAGUGUCAGAACGGAGUGUGCAUCAGUUUGAUCUGGAAAUGCGAUGGGAUGGAUGACUGCGGUGAUGACUCUGACGAAGCCAGCUGUGAAAACCCCACGGAGGCCCCCAACUGCUCCCGCUACUUCCAGUUCCCGUGCGAGAAUGGGCACUGCAUCCCCAACAGGUGGAAAUGCGACAGGGAGAACGACUGCGGGGACUGGUCUGAUGAGAAGGACUGUGCAGAUUCACAUAUUCUUCCCUCCCCUACUCCCGGGCCCUCUACGUGUCUGCCCAAUUACUACCGCUGCAGCAGUGGGGCCUGCGUGAUGGACAGCUGGGUGUGUGACGGGUACCGAGAUUGUGCAGACGGCUCGGAUGAGGAAGGCUGCCCCUCGCCUGCAAAUGUCACUGCUGCCUCCACUCCCACCCAGCUCGGGCGAUGUGACCGAUUUGAGUUCGAGUGCCGACAACCGAAGAAGUGUAUCCCCAGCUGGAGGCGCUGUGAUGGCCUUCAGGAUUGCCAGGACGGCCAGGACGAGGCCAACUGCCCCACGCGCAGCACCCUGACCUGCACGGGCCAGGAGUUCCGGUGCGAGGACGGCGAGGCCUGCAUCGUGCUCUCCGAGCGCUGCGACGGCUUCCUGGACUGCUCGGACGAGAGCGACGAGCACGCCUGCAGCGAGGAAUUAAAUGUAUACAAAAUACAGAAUCUUCAGUGGACAGCUGACUUCUCUGGGGAUGUAACUUUGACCUGGAUGCGGCCCAAGAAAAUGCCCUCUGCUUCUUGUGUGUAUAACGUCUACUACAGGGUGGUUGGAGAGAGCAUAUGGAAGACUCUGGAAACCCACAGCAAUAAAACGAACACAAUAUUGAAAGUCUUGAAGCCAGACACCACGUAUCAGGUCAAAGUCCAGGUGCAGUGUCUGAGCAAGGUGCACAGCACCAAUGACUUCGUGACCCUGAGGACUCCAGAAGGAUUGCCAGACGCCCCUCAGAACCUCCAGCUGUCGCUCCACAGGGAAGUGGAAGGAGUGAUCGUGGGCCGCUGGGCCCCUCCCACCCACAGCCACGGCCUCAUUCGGGAGUACAUCGUAGAGUACAGCAGGAGUGGUUCCAAGAUGUGGGCCUCCCAGAGAGCUCUUAGCAACUUGACAGAAAUAAGGAACCUACUGGUCAACGCUCAGUACACUGUCAGAGUGGCUGCAGUGACCAGUCGGGGAAUAGGAAACUGGAGCGAUUCUAAAUCCAUUACCACCAUAAAAGGAAAAGUGAUCCCACCCCCAGACAUCCACAUUGACAGCUAUGGUGAAAAUUCUCUAAGCUUUACCCUGUCCGUGGACACUGACAUCAAGGUGAAUGGCUAUGUGGUGAACCUCUUCUGGGCGUUCGACACCCACAGACAGGAGAAGAGAACGAUGAACUUCCGAGGAAGCAUAUUGUCACACAAAGUGGGCAACCUGACAGCUCAUACAACCUACGAGAUUUCUGCCUGGGCCAAGACUGACUUGGGGGACAGUCCUCUGGCAUUUGAGCAUGUCACGACCAGAGGAGUCCGCCCACCCGCCCCGAGCCUCAAAGCCAAGGCCGUCAAUCAGACGGCGGUGGAAUGCACCUGGACCGGCCCCAGGAAUGUGGUUUACGGCAUCUUCUAUGCCACAUCCUUUCUUGACCUGUAUCGCAACCCCAAGAGCUUGACUACAUCACAGCACAACAAAACAGUCCUUGUCAGUGGGGAUGAGCAGUAUUUGUUUCUGGUCCGGGUGGUGGCGCCCUACCAGGGGCCGUCCUCUGACUACGUCGUGGUGAGGAUGAUCCCAGAUAGCAGGCUUCCUCCCCGUCACCUGCACGUGGUUCAUACAGGCAAAACCUCCGCUGUCAUCAAGUGGGAAUCCCCGUACGAUUCUCCUGACCAGGACCUGCUAUAUGCAGUUGCAGUUAAAGAUCUCAUAAGGAAGAGUGACCGGAGCUACAAGGUGAAAUCCCGCAACAGUACCGUGGAAUACACCCUUAGCAAGUUGGAGCCCGGAGGGAAAUACCAUGUGAUCGUCCAGCUGGGGAACAUGAGCAAGGACUCCAGUAUCAAAAUUACCACAGUUUCAUUAUCAGCACCUGAUGCCUUAAAAAUCAUAACAGAAAAUGACCAUGUUCUUCUGUUUUGGAAAAGCCUAGCUUUGAAGGAAAAGCAUUUUAAUGAAAGCAGGGGCUACGAGAUACACCUGUUUGAUAGUGCCAUGAAUAUCACAGCUUACCUUGGGAAUACUACUGACAAUUUCUUUAAAAUCUCCAACCUGAAGUUGGGUCAUAAUUAUACUUUCACUGUCCAAGCACGAUGCCUUUUUGGCAGCCAGAUUUGUGGGGAGCCUGCUGUCCUGCUCUAUGAUGAGUUGGGAUCUGGUGGGGAUGCCUCAACGAUCCAGGCCGCCAGAUCUACCGACGUUGCUGCCGUGGUGGUGCCCAUCCUGUUCCUGAUACUGCUGAGCCUGGGCGUCGGGUUCGCCAUCCUGUACACGAAGCAUCGGAGGCUGCAGAGCAGCUUCACCGCUUUUGCCAACAGCCACUACAGCUCCAGGCUGGGCUCGGCCGUCUUCUCCUCGGGGGAUGACCUGGGGGAGGACGAUGAAGAUGCUCCGAUGAUAACUGGAUUUUCCGACGACGUCCCCAUGGUGAUAGCCUAAAAGAGCUUUCCUCACUAGAAACCAAAUGGUGUAAAUAUUUUAUUUGAUAAAGAUAGUUGAUGGUUUAUUUUAAAAGAUGCACUUUGAGUUGCAAUAUGUUAUUUUUAUAUGGGCCAAAAAAAAAACAACAAAAAAAAACAAAAAAAAGGAGGAAAGAAAGGAAUGAAUAAACUUUGUCGUAAUCAACUGUGAACUUCAAACCAGGUUGAUUUUAGUAACCAAAUUGCUUUGAUUUGAUAUUAGUGUAGUCUUACAGGGCUGUGCUUACUGGGCAUGCUUUUUAAGUCUGUGAGAUAAUUUUGGUUCAGUAAAUUGGCCAUUCUUUUUAUUUUUCUAAGACACAGAAAUGUAUUUAAUAAAAACUUCGAGAGUGACGGGUAGAAUCCCUCCUCCUCGAAAGUAUGCUCAAAUUAAAAUUUUUUUUUGCAUUUAGUUUCUAUGAAAGUGUUUGGGCGUAUGACGGGGGAAGGUUCUUUUGUGUUAUUUUGUUAAUUUAUUGGAACUCUGUAUAGGGCAAGGCUUUAGUGGUCAUCUGACACCACACAUGUUAUGAGCCCCUCGCCUAUAGGGUUGAGGCGUGGGGAACAGAAGCAGUUUUGUUUCCAUUCCAGAAACAAUCCAUUUUUAUUCACUCGUGUGUCACACGACGGUGUUUGACAGAAGAGCAUAUUGAGUCAUUGCUCCAUUUCAGUUAAACAGAGAUGCAGCUUGGGAAGCCCUGCAAGCAACAGCUUCCUCUCUCAUAUUAAUGGAUAGAUUCUUACUGUACACACCUCUGUACAAGAUGUAGCUUUGAAAGCUACAAAAUGAUAACACUGCUUUAUUAUACACUGGUGUCAUUGUCAUUGCAAAACAUUGCUCUGGUUGUGGGAGAGAGUUCUAGAUUUGUGCCAUGAUAGCUACACUGGCAGAUAUAGUACCUAAUUUUUCCUUUUGGGAUUUUUUGUUUCGUUUUGUUUUUACUUACCGCUGAAGAAUGUCGAAUGUAAAGUUUUGUAUUUGUGUUGAGUUGGCCGCUUACUGUCCUUAAAAAUCCGUACUGAUAUAUGCAGUCAUUUUGAAUUGGGUCAGUGCCUUCUCUUUUCUUCUCUUCUACCACCUGCCUCACCUGUACCCCUGCCCAGUUUAAAGAGAAAAUGCUCUUCACUCUUACAGAGAGACAGGAGAUGUGUGAAUUUGAGACCAUUCGAUCCAGUUCAUGGUAGUGGCAACGCUAGAGUUGAUAUGCUCUGUAAAAUAAGCUGGGCUGUAUCCUUCUGCCUUUCAAUGCCUCCCCUGUAUUCAAACCGUGGCCACUUGGCAGGUGUGUGAAAUCCACUGGGGACUGGUGCCCACUCUUGAGACCUAGUGUUGUUAGCAGCAGUGUCUAGCAUUGUUGUGACGCCUAUCGUAUGCACCUCACUGCAGAACUUCUUCCUGAACGAGAAGCAGUGAGCUCUAGGGAUAUUCCAGAGUCAUGCUUCUGCACAUGUGUCCCUCACCUGCAAGCUUUGUCAAAACCCCGUCUCCUCUUAGAUGCAAUGCAUCACCUUCUCACAAGUAUUUGCUUCCUUUUAACCAGAAGUAUCAUUCUUCGCUGAUAACAUAGUUUUGUUCUACCUGGGGAGUGUUUGGGAAACAAAGAGCCAAUUAAAGUUUUUUUAGUUAAAACAUUUUAUUUGUGUAUAUAUAUAUUCUGCUUGAGGAGUAUUUUCAAUUGUAGACGUUUAGUAUGUCGUGAGUGGUGGUAAAUGACAAGCCUUCUUCCAGCAUGUUUUUCUUCUAUCUCUUUCCCGUGUUAUGUUUUUAAAGACUGGAAUUUCUUUGGCUUUAUCUUGUCUUACCGUGGAGUUUCAUUCAAAACUCCGAGCCCUACCACCUCCCCUUUUUAUAAAUAAGCACUUUAAGUAACUGAAAGAUGAAUGAUCUGGUGGGAGGCAAGUCAUUUAAUCGAACCACUAGAAAGUCUAUUUUCUUCUUUUCUUUUUCUGCCAACUUUUUGGUGGCAUUUGUGAAAGCUGAUAUCAAAGGCUCUGAGACUUUAUAUUCAGUUUUUCCAUAGGCAAAAGCCUUUCUACAGAGCACAUGUCUCCAGUUGGCAACUUGAGAUAUUUCUGAGCUUCCGAGUCUUAUUCCCAGUGCCUGCCAAUGCUUAGUGCGCUGUACUGUAUAGACUGGCCAUCACCCCUCUCCUUGGAAAAUGCUACUGGGCUGUUGGAGAAAAAGCAGCCUUUUAGGGCUAGAGUAUUUUAUAGAAACAGAAGAGCUAAGUUCCCGAAGACUAAGCUAGAUAGAUGGAGCUAUGUGGAAAUUGUCUAUUUUUAUGAACUUUUGAAGCACGCACUCUCACCUCCCUCUGCAUGGCUUUGUGAGGUUUGAUGUAUAUACGCCGUCUGCAAGAGUCCCAAGGUGGGAGUGACAAGAGCAAAUGAGAACAGAAAACUCCGUGGAGACUUUGAAGGUGACCAGAUAAUUGUCUUCACUGUGACCAGUUGGAGCCUUUGAAGAAGGGGCUUUUGUACCUCAUUGGAGAUCCUACCUCCAGAGUUCACACUGUAUAGGGAAAGGGCUUUAUUUUCUUCCAGGAUGCAUUAGAAUUUCAGAAGCCCACAUUCAUGUGGUCGGCGGACCAUGAGUGGACCACUACAGUUUGGCGGGUGGGGGAUUGUGUAUAAAUCUCCUCUGGAAGUUGGUUUUGCCCCUUGAUGGAUUGAAUGGCCCUCAAGCCUUACGAGAUGUGGGUCCGUGUGGAUAAAAUAACAGAGAAUAGAGUUCUGCAGAGGAAUCCAGGGAGAGGCCAUGCCUAUGCAGACCCUUUUCCAGACAGGUGAGACGCUCCCGUGACUGCUGGCUGGCCCUGGCAAGCUGGGUAAAUAGUUACGAAGCUGGGUAACUGGUUGAAACUUCUGACUUUGGGAAGAGGGGUUCCUGGGGUUCCAUCUCUGGUAGUUUCACUGGGGAUAUUUGUGGGGGACAGAUGUACGACACACAGCUACAUGUUCUCUCUGCCCAACACGUGUGACCCACUAGAUGCAGCUCUCCAACAAUUUAAGGAACUUCUCAGACCAGUGGACAUUUUUGGGCAGGGGGACUGGACAGUCCUGCCUUCAAAUAUUCGCCUAGUGGUAACUCUCCAUCUAGUGAGGUCAUGUUCUCGGUACUUCCUUAAGGGCAGAAACCCCAUCCGGUCGGGUUUGGUUGGUCGCUUUCCCACUAAGAAUGUCACAGUGAAUCCCUGAGACGUUUCUCUUCCUUGCGGAGAAUUGGGGGUCCCUCAAAGAAAGGAUCCAGGGAAGUCAGCAAACCCCAUACCACUUCCAUAUUGAUUUUAGGGAUUGACUCCAAAAUGCUGUGCAGAAUCUUCACUCGUGUUGAUAUUGUAUCUUGACGUUCCUAUUGCAUUAUUUUUCUUAAAGGAAGCGUGUGCUGCCUUUCAGGUACAAUUUUUAUGUAAUAAAAGCCAGUGCAUUACGUUUAUAUAGAAUACUUUCUAUGCAAGACCGAGGUAUGGAGCUGAUAGCGAGAGAUUAUGUGUGCUGUUGGGUACACAGAUGGCAAGCAUGUUUUCGGAAGGGGUACCCCCCAGCAAACGUGGGUUGAGGGAGGAUGGGUCGUGUAUAUGUUUCUGCCCACUAAUUUUGAGCAGCCAUAUUUGGAAUUAAAUCAUCGGAGCCAAGUAACCCAAGAACGGUAUUAGUUUCAUGUGUAAUAGCUCAAAUGGGACAAGUACGAAUGCUGGAAUGGAACAUUAUUCUCUGAUAUUCCAUGUCAUUUCUCAAUGAAAGGCUCUUGUUGUGAAUUAUUAGAACCUACAGGCAAAAAUCAAAAGUAUUUGCAGCAAAAUAAAGGCCUACUCUGCUCUUAAAGUGAAACACUGUAUCCUUGCUUCUCUCCAAAGUGAAGUUAGGUAUUUAUCAUUUCAGUUGCCUCGAUAAGUUUCCACAUCACUGGUUUAUGCUGAAGAUUUUACUAUAUUGUCUCACAGUUUUAAAUCAUUUUUGUCUCAAUGUCAACUUUUUUCACUGAAUAAAAAUUUAACUGGGUCAAGAAAACACCUCUUUGAAUAUCCACUCUCUACGCGUGUCUCGAGCUGUUCUUUGGAGUGCAAUAAAGAUGGUUCAUACA